UUAUUAAAUAAAUACAUGAUAUUAGCAUUUUUAUUACAGGCGCCAUUAUUAGUUUGUGGGAAAGGACCAUUUAGAAAUUUUCUCGAUGACAAUGUGCCGAUUCUAAAAUAUAAAUUUUGGCCGACACUUUGGUGUUUUGAAUCAAGAGCACAAACUGUAUUUGCAAGUUUGCUUCGAUCGCGAUUAUGGACGUAUAUUCAGUACCGCAGAGAAAUCUUGACUCUGGCGGAUGGCGGUGAGGUGGCAUUGGACUGGGCGGAACAUAAUUGUUGCUCCACGUCGCCGAUCGUGAUAAUCUUGCCAGGAUUGACGGGGGCUAGCCAAGCAGAAUAUAUAAAGUGCCUCGUCUAUGCAGCAAAAAAUGUCGGCAUCAAAUGCGUUAUAUUUAAUAAUAGGGGCUUAGGUGGCAUGAAACUAAAGACGCCAAGAUUAUAUUGUGCUUCAAACUGCGAGGAUCUGGCUGAAGUUAUCGAGCACGUAAGGCGACUUCACCCGCACGUGCCCAUCGCUGCAACUGGAAUUUCAAUGGGCGGAUUAAUUCUCGGCAAUUAUUUGGCUCAAUACGGAAAAGCUGCAAUUGGAAAACUGAAAGCCGGAUAUGCCAUUUCCGUACCAUGGAAUGUCUUCGAGGCAACAAAAAGUAUUGAAAAACCUUAUUUGAAUUUAAUGUUAAAUAAACACCUUUGUAGUAAUCUCCGACGGAAUGUGAAGCAUCACUUCAGCGAAGACAAGGAGCAAUUAAAUUUAGAUUUGGAUACCGUACUGAAGAGUCAAACAGUUCGAGAAUUUGAUGAUUAUUUUACAUCAAAGCAUUUUGGAUACAAAGACGUGGAAGAUUAUUAUUCAAACGCAACUCUUCAUAAUAAAUUACAUCGAAUAAAAGUUCCCUUGCUUUGCUUGAGUGCAGCGGAUGAUCCAUUUCAACCUAUAGAAGCAAUACCUUUGCAAAAAGUAGUCGAAACGAAGCACGUGGCGAUGAUUGUGACUUCACGAGGUGGUCACAUCGGCUUUCUGGAAGGCAUUUGGCCAGUGAAAGAAGAACAGUAUAUUGGCAAAAUUUUUUCACAAUUUUUCAAUGCAAUUUUUUCAAAUGAUCAAAAGAGCCUUUAACUUGCUAAUAAUAUUUGGAUUUUUCUCUUUCUGCCUAUUUGGUACGUUCGAAGUAUUAGGGCGUAUCCGUCGCCCGUCAAUCUUUAAUUUAAUUUUUAAACUC